AUGAGUGCCCUAAAAAAAUGUACAAUCGACCUAGAGGAUAAAAACAAAGGUGGAAUUGAAGAAUACCUCACCAAGCAACAUUCCCCUUUCACUGAAGACGUCCUUACCAAACCAUUGCCUGAAAGAUUGAAGGUCCCACAGAUGAUCGCAUACGAAGGAGAGAGGGAUCCCCUUAGUCACCUUGAUAAGUACACAUUGUGGAUAGAACUACAGGGGACAAGUGAUGCCAUCAUGUGUCGAGCCUUCCCCCUAGCCUUAGGAAACAAAGCCCAAAGAUGGUUCAGGAGAUUGCACCAGGUGUCGGUAAAAAAUUGGAAUGAUCUGGCCUUUGCCUUCCUAGCCCAGGUCAUGGGCGCCAAAACCAGGACUACAUCCAAGGAGCGGCUGGUGAGCAUCAAGGAAGGAAAAAGUGAGUCCCUCAAAAGCUAUCUGAGUGGAUUCAAUAAACAAUCCAUGAAGGUGGAAAAGAUAUUCAAUGACGCUGCACUCACUACCAAACUCGCUGGACUAAGGCCCCGAACAAGAUUUUGGUGGUCAGUACACAUGGACGGACCCAGGACUUACUACGAGCUCCUAAACCGAGAUGAGAAAUACAUAAGUGCUGAAGAAGCAACCUCUAACCAAGAUGAAGCCAAAUGUGAUCCUGACCACAGCAAAAUACUGCUGAAGAAAAAAGGCUGGAUAGGAAUCCUCAGCCCAAAAGCACAGCAAAAUACUGCUGAAGAAAAAAGGCUGGAUAGGAAUCCUCAGCCCAAAAGAAUGAAGGAUAGAGGAGAGAGAGAUCGCCCUAAAAAUAAACCAUACAAGUUUUAG